AUGCGCAGACAAAUUGCCCAUUCAGCACUGAAAUCCCCUUUCCGCAACCUCAUUUCCGCCCGCAAUCCCCAUUCCGCCGCCUUACCCAUUCCUGCUCCUAUCGCCUCCCGGUUCGAAUUCUCCUUUCGCCUCCCCGGGCGUGCUCCUCUCGCAUCCCCGCGCUCUCCUCUCGCUUUCCCCCCGUGCUUCCUCCUCACGCCUCCCCGCGCGCUCGACUCUCGCCUCCCCGCGCGGCCUCCUCUCGCCUCCACGCGCGGCCUCCUCUCGCCUUGCCGCGCGUUCCCCUCUCGCCUCCCGCGCCUGCUCCUCUCGCCUCCCGCGCCUGCCCCUCUCGCCUCCCCGCGCGUGCGACUCUCGCCUCCACGCGUUUCCUCCUCUCGCCUUCCCGCGCAUGCGCAUCUUCCCUGCCUCCCCUCGCUGCCUCUCCGCGUCUCGCGGCGGCCUCCUUUCGCGAGCUGCACUCAAAUAAGGCCCUCGGCCCUCUCUCACUCUCUUGCAACGGCUGUGCUUCCGCAUCCCCGCUGCACGCCCUCAAAACCCCCCCCUGAACGCCCUCACUGCCCCACAUCUUCUCGUCCUCUCACCAUGCCUUCUCCUCCUCCCGCCAUGCCUUCUCCUCCUCCUGCCACCCCCUCUCCUCCUCCCACCAUGCCUUCUCCUCCUCUCGCCAUAGCUUCUCGUCCUCUCACCAUGCCUUCUCCUCCUCCCGCCACCCCUUCUCCUCCUCCCAACAUGCCUUCUCCUCCUCCUGCCACCCCCUCUCCUCCCACCAUGCCUCCUCCCCCUCCCGCCGUGCCUUCUCGUCCUCCCGCCACUCCUUCUCCUCCUCCCACAUCUCCGCCCCUGCUUCCCACCAUUUCACCUCCUGCUUCUCCUAUUUCCCCCCUCUGCUCCUCCUUCUCCAUGUUCUCAACUUGCCCACCUCCGCUCUUUUUCGCCUCUGCUUCUCUUCUCCCCCUCUCCUCCUCUUUUCCCUCACUGCUCCUCUUUCCCCACUCCCCUCCUCUUAUCCCCCCCUACUCCACUUCCCCCCUCUGCUCCUCUUGUCCCCCUCUGCUCCUCUUGUCCCCCUCUGCUCCUCUUGUCCCUCUCUGCUCAUCCUUUCCCGUAUUGCACCUCUUUCCACCCACUCCUCCUCUUUUCCCCGUCUGCUCUUGUUUUUCCUCCCUGCUCAGUUUUCAUCCCCUGCUCUUACCCUCUCUGCACUUCCCUCUUAUUCCUCUCCCUUCCCCACCAGCUCACACACCCCUUUGA